AUGGCUCCAGGACACUUUCGUGACCACCUGCCCGACUUAUCGCUUCCAAGAUUCACCUCUAUGACCAGACGGGAUGCUCACGAAUAUGCCGCAGUAUUCCAGGAAACCGGAAACCCGCCGUGGAUCUUUUCGCUGUAUCAAGAAUGGCUCGACCUGGCCAAGGAGCCUUUUAAGGGGAUCACGAGUGACGGCACGGUUUCCCCCGCUGGACAUCAACUGGCGGAUGAGGGGAUUCCCAUAGAAUCGAUAGUAGGAGCGGCCACAUCUCUUCUCGAGAAACUAUCAGAUCAGCAACGAGAUGCUGUAUCUUUUCACAUCGAUGCUCCAGAAUGGCGCACUUGGUCGAAUCCGGAGUUUUUGCUGAGCGACAAAGGCAUCCGCUUAGACGAGGUAUCGUCCGAAAUCAGGGAUUGUGUACUUCAGAUUCUAGAGGUUACCCUGUCACCCGAAGGCUAUGCGAAGGCGUUAGGUGCUAUGAGAAUGAACCACUUCCUGGGCCAUUUAGUCCAAGCACCUGCCGUCACGAAUGAACAUUCGUACAAUUUCGCCUUUUUCGGAUCGCCAUCGACCAGCGCACCGUGGAGCUUCACAUUUUACGGACAUCAUCUCUGUUUGAACAUAUUCCUCUACAAGACUCAAAUCGUGGUGGCUCCGUGGUUCACAGGCGCCGAGCCUAACGUCAUCGACGACGGUCCGCAUGAGGGAACGAGGAUCUUGUUCAAUGAAGAUGCCUUGGGAUUGCAGCUCAUGCAGAGUCUACCGCCCAGCCAACAAGCUCAGGCACAGACGUACAAACUCCUUCGUGAUCCUCAGAUGCCGUACGGCCGCUGGAAUCACGACGACCAACGCCAUCUUUGUGCCAAGUCGGCCGCUCCCAACAUGUACCAGUUUUAUGACGACGCCAUCAAUCUGAUCGCGUCCAUCGAUCCCACCAUACCCAUCUACAUCUCUGACGGCUGGAAUCUGAAUGAGGCAAUUCCUUACUGUCGUCAGAGAAACAGUGUGCAGUCUCUAACAAAAAAUCCCGUCGUCAUCGACACACAUAAAUACUUUACCUUCGGGGAAAAGCACAGAUCGAAAUCCGUUCAAGAAAUCAUCCAAGAGGUUCAGUCCGUCCAACUUUCCGAACUUGACCACGCGACAGGUAACGUGUGUUCGACAAUGGAUCCACCGCUGUCGGCGUCUUCAUUGGCGAAUUCUCCGUCGCAUUGGACAGGAGCACGUGGUCCCUUGGAACUGUACAUCAACAAGACGAUCGGCUGCACGUUCUGGAGUUACAAGUUUGACUGGGAAGGGCAUAAGCCAGGACGGAGAGGCAUGGUUCACACGGGAGGAGGGGACUGGGGGUUCCGAGUGCAAGUAGACAAUGGGACGAUCUUCCCGCCAAGGGCGAUGGCGAUGACAAGGGGUGCGGUGCAGACCCGUGUACAGAUGGCCUGGAAAGAGAGGCAAGGUUAG